GUGGAGCCGGAGCAGAGGCGGGAAAUGGCGCCUGCUAACACAUCGGUGUGUCAUUUCCACGGCCCUUGAGCAGCGAACACUCGGGAGCCGAUCGUGGAGAACAAGCAGUGCCCGUGUUGUCAUGGUUUAUCUGCCUGGAUUCUUUUACAGCGGGCCACACUAAGCUUUACAUGUGAUUGCUAAAACAAUGAAGCUGAGAAUGCGUAAGGCGUCUCAGCACCAAAGUCCCGCUCUGACGAGCCGCACGUCCCGAACCAAGAGGAGACUUUCAGAAGUAGAGGAAGAUCCUCCUCCCAGUGAAGAGAGCGGAUUGUUUUCCACUAUCAAGAAUUUCAUCAGAGGAAAUGCUGUGAAGUUCCAACAGGAGAGCCCAGCUAAGAAGAGCCGCCUCUACUGCGAUGUGGACAAUAACCUCAUAACCUCCACUCCCACAAACACCAACGCCCCUCGCAGGGCCGUGAGCAGAGAGGGCAAAAAAGACUCCAUCAAUGGACAAUCUACCAAUCAUGACAGGAAUAAGGAUAAACCCAAUGGUGGUUUGGAGGAGACCACUGCUAUGGAGAUGCCCAGCAGCCCUCCAAGAACCACCCUACUUGGGACCAUCUUCUCUCCUGUUUUUAAUUUCUUUUCACCAGCUAAAACCUCUUCGGGCUCAGACUCCCCUGACCAGGCGUUGGAGGCUGAAGAGAUCGUAAGACAGCUGGACAUUGAGCAAGUGGUGGAGACGCACACCAGCACAGCUACGUCCACACAGGAACUGUGCCCUGGCACCAACUUUUACUCCAGUGUAGCACACCUGCCACCUCUGCGGCCUCUUCACAUGCUGGAAGCAUCUCCCACAACAGAGGAAGGGGAGCUCGAUGCUGAUGCUGACCUCCCCCCUCUCACAGCGCCGGGUGCUAGUCCAGAUAUGUCGUAUGUGGAUGUCCCUCCGACCACAGUACCGCCUGAGGCAUCCUAUGAUGAAGACUGGGAGGUUUUUGACCCGUAUUUUUUCAUCAAGCACGUCCCCCCCCUGACAGAAGAGCAGCUCACUCGUAAACCAGCCUUGCCACUGAAGACACGCAGCACGCCCGAAUUCUCUUUGGUCUUAGACCUGGAUGAAACACUAGUUCACUGCAGUUUAAAUGAGCUGGAGGAUGCAGCACUUACCUUCCCUGUCCUCUUUCAAGAUGUCAUUUACCAGGUGUAUGUGCGUCUGAGGCCGUUCUUUAGGGAGUUUCUGGAGCGCAUGUCUCAAAUAUACGAGAUCAUCCUUUUUACAGCAUCUAAAAAAGUGUAUGCAGACAAACUGCUCAACAUCUUGGACCCUAAAAAGCAGCUUGUGAGACACAGGUUAUUCCGUGAACACUGUGUCUGCGUCCAGGGAAACUACAUUAAGGACCUCAACAUCUUGGGCAGAGAUCUAUCAAAGACCAUCAUCAUUGACAAUUCACCACAAGCCUUUGCCUAUCAGUUGUCCAACGGGAUUCCCAUCGAGAGCUGGUUCAUGGACAAGAACGACAACGAGCUGCUGAAGCUCGUGCCCUUCCUGGAGAUGCUGGUUCAGAUGAACCAGGACGUUCGGCCUCACGUCCGGGACAAGUUUCGGCUUCACGACCUUUUACCUCCCGACUGAGCUCGACCCGACUCUCCCAACAGGACAGCGUGUGAAGACUGAAACCAUCAUGAGUAGAAGAGACUAAAGAAAAGCCUCUCUUUGGAUUACAGACUCCAACAUUGCCAUUUUAAAUUUUUAGCCUUUUUUGUUUUAAAAAAUGACCACGAAAACAUUUGAGAAAAAUAUUGUAGGUGUCAUUUUCUUUAAAAAAGAGAAGGAUGGAUAAGAUGUGACCGAGGAGUGGAGCCGAUCAUGUCCACGAUUAAAGCUGAAGUCUUGGUGCUGGUUUGGAGACGGACCCUGAACCAAACCGACCUCCUGGUGCUGUUGAGUGGAACGAGAUCGACCCGUCCUGGACAAACCCACGAGCUGCCGUGCAUUCCUCCGUAGCUCUGUCAAGCUUUUCUUGGUUGCAGUUUUUUAUUUCUGGUCAAAGAAUUUUUUAAUGGUGUUUGAACCGUUUUCUGUUUGUAAAGGUCGUUUGAUUUUUAAUGAACUUGGGUGGUGCGUAAUAACGACAGUCCACUGCGUCGUCAAAUGAAGUUCAGUCCAAGACUUUAUUUGUCCUUUUACUACAUUCACUCUGUUCUGUUGCUUCACUGUACAUACGUGACUCUUUAAUCGUUAGGCGGACAUGUUGUAAAUGUUGUCGGGCGUUCAUUUUCAAGGUGAUGUCGAACAGAAAGGCUUUUCCAGAUGUUUCGUCUGUAAUCAGUAUUUUAUUCCUCUUCAAGUGUUCUGGCCACAUCAGUUUUUCUGAGUUGUGCUGGUCAUCUCGGCUCCUCUGAGCGGCAGCAUCACUCAUGUAGCACGUUGGUUGGAGGUGUGCUCGUGGUGACGUGGCCGGAGCCCGUACUGUGCACGUACACGUGCACGGCUGCUCUGAACCGGUCCCUGUAGCUGCCUGACAGACGCUUCUGUUUACACGAGUUACAAUGUUAUCUGUAAGAAUAGUAACCAUGAGAAUGUAGUUUUAGCUUUUUUUAUGGCAGGACUCGAGCCAAACUAACCAUUAAUUCUGUUUGGAUUAAAAAAUCUGAGGCGAGCAGAUGUUAGUGCUUAUUUUUUAACCCCUGAGAUUAAAAAUGUUGAUUUAAUGUGACUUGGGUUUGUGUAAAUGAAAAUGGCCGCCUGAACAGAGCCACACACCUCGUGAGCAGCCGUUGCGUUGUGCUCUUCAAAUAAUGAACUGGAACGAGACAAUCAGACCUCCAGUCUCUGCAGACACCCCCCCCCC